AUGGCAUCCGGCUCGUGCGACAUGUUCACCGGGACCUGGGUGACGGACGAGAAGUACCCUCUGUACGAUUCCACGAGCUGCCCCUUCAUCCGCUCCCAGUUCGACUGCCACCGAUUCAACCGCCCCGACACGAAGUACCUCAAGUACCGAUGGCAGCCCAAACCACCCUGCUCCCUGCCCAGGUUCGACGGCCUGGCGCUGCUGAGGAUGUGGGCCGGCAAGAAGGUGAUGUUCGUGGGCGACUCGCUGGCGCUGAACCAGUACGAGUCGCUGCUGUGCUUGAUCCACGCCGCGGCGCCCAACACCAAGUACACGGUCUCACCGCGGUCCAGGAAGAUCAAUCCAUCGAGCACCGUCACGUUCCAGGAGUACAAUGUGACGCUGGUGUACUACGUGACGCACUACCUGGUGGACAUCGUCAAGGAGAAGGCCGGGCGCGUCCUCAAGCUCUACGAGAUCAACGAAGGCCGGAACUGGCUCGGCGCCGACGUGCUCGUCUUCGACUCCUGGCACUGGUGGCCGCGCAGCGGCCCGAAGCGACCUUGGGACUACAUCCAGGAGGGCAGCAAGGUGAUGAAGGACAUGGACCGGACGGUGGCCUUCGCCAAGGCGCUGAACACCUGGGCUCGAUGGGUCGAUGCCAACCUUCUCCAUACCAGCACUAAAGUCUUCUUCCAAGGGAUCUCUCCCUCUCACUACAGGGGACAAGAGUGGGGCGCGGCGCGGAGGAAGACGUGCAUGGGGGAGACGGAGCCGCUGAACAGCACGGGGACGUAUCCUGGAGGGCCGAUCCGGCAGCAGGGCAUAAUUCGGAGCGUCCUGGCUAGCAUGGCGAAGCCGGUGUACUUGCUGGACUUCACUUUCAUGUCGCAGCUCAGGAAGGAUGCGCACCCGAGCAAGUACAAUGGCGGCAACUUCGGUGGGGACUGCACCCACUGGUGCAUCGCUGGCCUCCCAGACACAUGGAACAUACUCUUCUAUGCCGCGCUCACCGGCCAACGCGGUUAG